GCGCGUUUUUCAGACGCGUUGUUUGACCCUGAAAAAGAUGCUCACCGCCCUAAUUGGGCGGACUAUAAUGUGUGUCACCUUCUCUCUCUAUACUAAUGCAUGCUUAGAAUACUUUUUGGUGUUUUGCAUCCUUCAUACAGAACGUACAAAGCCAUCAAACGGCGGGAUUACCAGGAAGUCGUGCGUCCAUAUUGUUACGCUGAAGGUAUUGAUUCCUAGGUUGUACUCGGGAUGUAUUGGGUUGUUUUCGGGUUGUUCACUACUGUGGAACUAUUUACGGAUAUGUUCUUGCAAUGGUAAGGGUGAAUGAACUUUUAGAAGUUUCAGGUUUCCGUUCUACCAUGAAAUGAAAAUUGUUUUUGUCAUCUGGCUGGUUACUCCGGCGACAUCAGGUUACAGUUUGAUAUACCGCCGACUCAUUCAUCCAGAACUGUCCAAACGAGAGAACGUAAAUCCAGUUUGCUCUUCAAACUCUUCAGGAAAUUGAUGAUGCCAUUAGUAAGGCCACCGAGAAAGGUUACACAAAGGUCGUUGAAUUUGGGGCGAAGGGUCUUAAUUAUGCUGCGAAAACGUUUAUUACUACUGCCUUGAUGGGACAGGACUUUCUAGCCGACCAACUGCGUCGGCGGAGCGCAAGCAUGUCCGACCUGAACCGCCAUAAUCAACCAUACCCUGCAGUUUCUCGUCAAAUUCGCAAUCGUCUUGGUGCUGGAGACCAACAGGACCUCGCGGGAAUGUUUAAUUCAGAUUCACGCCACCGGGCUACUAGUCUGCUCUAUCCAGGUCCUAAUUCGGUGGAAGAGGAUCCGUUCGCUCUCAACUGGCUACAACCCGGUUCGACCGGUUCGUUAGGGCGCCAUUGGCGUCCAGGUGUCACGGACACUACGGUUAAGGGCAAUGCUGCUGUGAAACCAUACGUCAGAAGCAGCCAGUUCUUGGUCCUGAGGCUUCUUGGCAAGGGGUCAUUUGGCUCUGUGUACUUGAUUCGUGACCGUCAGUCCAACGAGUUGUAUGCGCUCAAAUCGAUGAACAAGGCAAAUUUAGCUAGCCGUCGACAGACGGUGGCAGCCGAUCGCGAAAGGACUUUAUUGCAUCGUAUCAAAUCUAUGUUUAUUAUUCGGUUGUGUACCACUUUUGAAGAUUCGACUGACGUACACAUUGUUCUGGAAUACGUGGCUGGCUGUGAUCUGUUUGAAUUACUCCGCAAACACCAGCGUUUUGACGAGCCAGCUGCUCAGUUCUAUGCCGCUCAAAUCUUUAUGGCCCUAGACUAUUUGCACAGUUUAAACAUUUUGUACCGGGACUUGAAGCCAGAGAACGUGAUGCUGUGUUCGAACGGCUACGUAAAGAUGAUUGACUUUGGUCUUUCCAAAUUCGUUCCCAAGCGGACCUAUACGUUUUGCGGUACCCCUGAAUACAUCCCUCCGGAAAUGAUAAUGAAUCUUGGAUACGGUCAGUCGGCCGAUUGGUGGUCUUUCGGAGUAUUACUAUACGAAAUGUUGUCCGGAGUGACCCCGUUCUAUACAACAAAUCUACGGAUAAUGUAUGACCGGAUUGCCUGCGCACGUUAUAAAUUCGCCCCUGGGCCUUUGGUCAGUCAGGCUGCACGUGAAUUGAUUCGGAAUUUGUUAGAAGUGGACCGCUCUAAACGUUAUGGUUGUAUGUUACGUGGGGCUCUGGACAUUAAGAGACAUAGGUUUUUUGCAGAACUGGAUUGGGACUCCUUGUGUGCACUAUCUCUGAAACCACCUUAUACAAUAGAAGCUCCCAACAAUCCCGAAGGUGGUUUGAGCGGCGUGCCAGAAGAUGCAGAACAUCCGCAUGAAGAAGUUUCUCGAGAUGUGAGAAGCCAAAGACGACCAGCUAAUAUUGCCCAGGAUACCGUCCAACCAGUGACUCGACGUAACUCUACCCGCCGCAAAGAUGCCACCCAAAACCGUGUAUGCUGACGAUAUUGGUUUUUCCUCAUGCAAGCUGCCUACAAUCGUCAUGAAGUGUUCCAGAGCAGAAUUUUCUCGGUGAAUUUCGCACUUUCUUGGUCUGUCUCACCCGUCUGAGUGACCGUGAACCUACAACUGAGUCAAGAUGACCUCUCCAUCACUAUUCGCGUAUCCUCCGUCAUCCACGGUCUUUGUCAUUUUCCUUAUCCUUUUCUCAUCGUUCUCCUUUCCGUAUUCAGCAGCUGCUGCCUUUGACUGGACACAACUUCGGUUUUUCUUUCAACUACAGUACGUGCCAGUUCAUUGAUGCACAUGUGUACAGCCUAUUUUUCCUUCAAGCAGUCUGCCAUUCAUCCCCCAUCAGCAGAUGGUUUAUCCUGUUCUUCUCAACGAUUCCUUUGAUGUGCGACCUGUGUCUAUGUGACGAUUCGUUCUCAGAUCUGCCAAAGCCUCAGCAGUCUAUCCCCUAACCCAUGUAUGACAAACUGUUGUUGUCGGCUCCUCCUUAACACCAAAGCUAAACAUCCGCGCAAUAGGUAUUAUACAAACCAGGUGCCCAACAAUACACAUACCGCUUUCCCUAUUAUGUAUGUCGCUUACCCGUGUUUUAAUUGUCCAAUGUACAAAGCAAGGAGAACCCAGUCCGAU